AUGUCGACUGACGAAGCUACUAUUACGGCCACUCUCGCAACAACAGUUGACCGCACAAAGAUAACUCAGAACCCGUCAGAAGUUCCCAUGCUUGGGAAUUAUUCGACAUCGGGGCUUGGUCCUCCGUCACUGUCACGUGCUUCGUCCUUGUCAUCGCCAUUAUCGAAGACCCCUGCAACCGUUCAACCUCGAUCAAGCGAGACAUUCGCAGGUUCUAGCCUUGAGCAAACGACGGGGUCUAUGUAUACCGUAUCUUCCUCCGCGUUUGAACUCCUAUCCAGACUUCCGAAUGUGACGUCGAGUAAUUAUCCGGAUGCCAGAUGGACACCGCCCAUAGUUGUUCCUUCUAUCUCAAUGAGUGUCUCAGCCUCGAAUAGUGCCUCGGCCUCGACAACUGAUCCACCAACGAUAACGGUCCUGCCACCCGAGGCGGUUCUCAUUACACCGACUGGCAUUAUAUUGACAACCCCGCACUAUAUCACGACAACAUCACCAGGCGGCAGUGAUCCAACCAUAGUUCCAGUUAUCUUCCCAAUCACAGGACCUCCAAUUAUCUGCUUUGGCUGCUACAUCAAAUUCCCUCCCAACAUGUCGAUUAAAGUCCCCCAAUUCUGCAUCCAACUCUUUGGCCUCAAGAUUGGCAAUUGCCCGGCCGACAAUAAGAAAGACCAUAAGGAUAACAAUAAGGACGACGAUGACGACAACAAUGACGAUGAUGAUGACGACGACGACGACGACGACGACGACAAAGAUUCCAGCAAAACCGGGUCCACAACGCCGACCUCCUCAACCUCGUCUUGCACCGUAACUGUCACUGCCACCCAACAGACAGUCUUCUGUUCUAUAACCAGAAGUAACCCCAAUGCUGAUGUUCCUAUCUUGUUAGGCGUCAACUCCGCGCGUACUGCUGCGAGUACUACGUGUCUGACUAGUGCCGUCCUCAACUCGAUCGCCACGGUAACUACCACACGGUCGUCUAUUCCCACACCAUACCCUCUCUGUGAUUGGCACUGCGACAGUUGGGAAUGCACACCCGGGAGAUCAGAUCUUUCUAUGCGCCAAUUGAUGAAAGUCGGAACGGCAGACGAACAUGAAUUAGCGGAUCCGAUAACCGACAUACCCCGGCUGAUGUCUCGCGCCGACUUGACCGACUCAAAAUGGGUAGAUCCAAGCGAUUAUGACGAUGAUUACUACGAGUUCAUUUUCAAAUUUAUGCGCACGCAGGACCAACUAAGACGCCAAAAUCUAGGAGACCCGUAUCACGAAACUAAGCUUGUGCUCAACGGCCCCGGUAUCAAUGAUCCAUUCGAGAACGCGAUAAUUCAAACGUUGGGAGCCGAAGGCCUGCUGGGCUGCACGAUAUUCCGCAGAGGUGCGUGGAUGGCUAAGUUCUUUGAGACAACUCUUAACGAUCCCGAAAUGCUGAGAGAACGGAUGAGAUUCGGACCCAGGGAGUAUGGGAUCGCAGACCUUAUGAACCACCCAGAGCGUGGGAAACUCGACGGAUUGACGAAUGAAGAAGACCCCAUUCAGGCCCUUAUCUUCACCCCUCGCCCGCGAGGAUAUGUUAACGACGCCGACGGCAAUAUUAUCGAUCACCCAGAUACACACAGCUACUACGGCGAGCUGUUGUACCUUGACUCAGUUCGGCACAUCGGACAUAUCCUUACUCUACUAAUCCCCCGUCGUAUUUUAACCGUCAUAGACUACCCUUCAGUAUUGCCCACUUUGGAUGAACUGUCUGAUCCCGACUGGUCAUCAAAGGCUGCUGACACCCCACGUGGAAAGUACCAACCAGCAAAGACAUGCAACGAUAAGGCCUCGAUGCGCUGGUGGGUUGAUGCCAUGCCGAUGGAAAACGCGUACCCCGGCUCAAAAUGGGACCCAGGAGCUGAUCAAAUCUUCACCCGACCCCGACAGGCAGGCGCACGCGGACUAGCCCCCAGACAAGAGUGUCCGGUAAGAAGCAGGCCAGCCUCCUCUGGCCCCAGUCCUACUUCAUCAGAGCCGCCUCAAUCUCCACAAUCAACACCACAAGGAACCCCUGGGCAACCUACGAGUCCGGGGGCAAGUGAAGGAGGAACACAGGUGCUUCCAACUGGGUCAAAGAUUAUCAACGGUACAGGGGCUCCGACUCCAUGGAACGAUUCAAUGACAACAGUCCCGAGCAGCAGGGAUGGCACCGUGACAUGGCUACUUCCGACAUUGCUGUCAUCUUCGAACCGGACCUUCGCUUCUCCACUUCGAAGCGUUAUCACAAAGACAACUCUAAGUGGCAAUGGUACAGCCAACGUGCCUACAACGACAUUAUGGUCAUUGAACGGGACGGCGGCUCCAGUUCCUGGUGCCAACUCGACGGUCCUGAGCUCGAACCUAGAAACAAUGAACAAAACCACGACGAAGACCAGCACGGCAUUGAUCGGGACGAAAAGUACAAUAUUGGGAACUGGAAUGUCCACAUCUCAGCUGACCACAAACAAGACCCCCUCCAUCCACACUACAAUUUACGUGGCCCCCCUAACAUGGUCGGUCACCUCAUCAUUACCAACUACUUCGUCGACAACCCCCCCCAUAAAGCGAGUUACAGUCACCGCCUCGGUUGAGAGGUCGGUCGUGGCAACGAUUACAAUAUUCACGUCAACAGUAACAGUACGACCUCCAGAACCAAAGCCUAGCCGGCCAACCAAGCCGGAACCGACAGAAGCGAUCCUCGUCAUGCUCGAGGACGUCCUGGCUGGGGGGAGUAGAGGGGUGGUUUUCACCGAGAUGUGGGUGAUGCUCCCGGUGAAAGUUGACACCACCGUCGACCACUGCAGCGUCUCAAAUAUAGGAUACAAAACCACCGACUCAUCCUCGUCAGACCGAGCGUGGCCCCCAAACAUAAGCGCCAAGAAGGGAAGCAAUGCUUUCGGACUGAGAAACUGCAAGUACGAAGCAAGCAACGCGGGGUCUGGCUCGUUAAGCUGCGAUGGGGCUUCCAAGAUGAACUGCGUCAAAGAUCCGGAGUAUGAUAAGGUUUCCAAGUGUUACAAGGGCUGGGAGAUCAAAACUUACACGUCACGCAUGCGCUGCAUGCUUCGGAAAUAGCGAAGAAAGAUGGCAGGACACCACGGAAAAGGCCAUUCUUGUGUAAAGACGAUGCCACCGCACCUUUGAGAAGAUCAGCCAUAGCCUUCGUUACGCAUAUUGACGGGGCUGACAAAGAAAUGCCAUCUUCGCCUCGUGUGUAGCGUCGACCUGCUGCCUAGUAUUGCAUAUGUGCCAGAUGACUCCCCCUAUCUCCAUCUCCCUUCCAUGUCCAGGACUAGCCUAUCCAUCGCAAACGCCAAUUACC